CGUGGUGGUCAGUGUUCUUCCGUGGGUUUAUUCACUACAUACACGUACACGUCGUUUAGUGGAGUAAGCAUCGGUGCUAGCUAAGUGUUUCCAUCCGGAGACAUUAGUGUGAGCGCACUUCCCGUUAGCUUGUUAGCUGCUAACAAAGAGACGCGGAAGUUGUCAACACGUCGCUAAGUAGAGAUCAAAUGUGAGUGUAAAGUGUUGUGAUUGUGGGAAAAUGUGCGAAAGAACGAUAGCAGAAUACGAGGAGGAAUUCUGUCCAACAAAAGAGGAGAAGGAGCGACAACAUCAACUACUGGACUCUGGACACAGAACAGACGUAAAUGAAGACCAUCUUCCCCCUGAGCAGCAAGUGUGGAGUUACAGGAUGGAGCAGGAGGAUCCACAGCCCCCCCACAUUAAAGAGGAAGAGUCAUUGCCUCUCCGAAUUAAAGAGGAAGAGGAGGAACACAGCAUCAGCCAGGAGUUAGAGCAUCUUAAAGGAGUUGAGGAGUUCCCAGUGAUUGGUGUCCCUGUGAAGAGUGAAGGGGUCAAAGGUGAAAGUGAGGAGAAGAGAGAGGCGGAGCCUCCAAGCAGCAGCUCAACACAACACAUGACAACAGAAGCUGAUGGAGACCACGGUGGAGGAUCACAAGCAGACAAGCUCUUAGCUCCACUAUCAGAUAGUGAGGACACAACGUCACACUCUCCUGACACCGAUGAUGAAGACUCUAAAGAUGAUAAGACAUGUCACACUGACAACACACACUUCAAAUGUUCUCACUGUGACAAAACGUUUAAGGACCGGAGUAAUCUAAAAAGACACAUGAAAAGUCACACAGGAGAAAAAACAUUCAUGUGUUCAGUUUGCGGUAAAAGAUUCUCGCAGAAGUCCCAUUUUAAGGAACACACUAGAAUACACACUGGAGAAAAACCUUUUACCUGUUCAGUGUGCGGUAUCCGUUUUAGACGAAAUCCACAUCUGAAAGUACACAUGAGAAUGCACACCGGGGAAAAACCGUAUUCUUGUACGAUCUGCAACAAAAAAUUCUGUGACCGAACAACCCUGGUGGUACACACUAGGAGUCACACUGGGGAGAAACCUUCUUCCUGUUCAAUCUGUGGAAAAGGUUUUGUACAAAGUCAGUAUCUGAAAAUUCACAUGAGAAUACACACUGGGGAAAAACCCUUUCGGUGUUCAGUUUGUGGUAAAGGAUUUUCUCGGAAAGCACAUUUGGCUUUACACACUAAAACACACACUGGAGAGAAACCGUGUUCUUGUUCAGUGUGUGGUUUAGGUUUUAUACGAAAUGCAGAUUUGAAGAGGCACAUGAGAACACACACUGGAGAAAAACCGUUCACCUGUUUAGUAUGUGGUAAAAAUUAUAGACAAAAUCGGGAUUUGAAAAUACACAUGAAUAGACACACUGGGGAAAAACCUUUUGCUUGUUCAGUAUGUGGUAAAGGUUAUAGACAAAAUCGGGAUUUGAAAAUACACCUGAGAAGACACACUGGGGAGAAACCGUUCGCCUGUUCAAGCUGCAACAAAAGCUUUAGUAAACAAAUAACACUUGUGACACACAUGAGAAGACACACUGGUGAGAAAGUGUACAGUUGCAGCGUGUGUGAUGAAAGGUUCUCUUACAAAUAUCAGCUUAACAAACACAAGUGUGCUGGUGAGAACAGCAACAGCAAAUGAAGCCCCAGGAAAAAUCGCAAAGACUCUGAAAACUUUAUAUAUCCAUAUUACAGUAAUUACAUAUAUCCAUCCAUCCAGUUCUACUGCUUGUCGCGGGUGUGCUGGAACCUAUCCCAGCUGCACACGGGCGGAAGGCGGGGUACACCCUGGACAAGUCGCCACCAUCGCAGGGCCAACACAGAUAGACAUUCACUCGCAUACUUUUGGGAAAAUGUGCUUUAACACAGGUUGUACUGUAUUUUUUUUUACAUGUUUAGCAAACUUCCCUCUUCAAUUUCGUAUGAAAUUUUUAUCCAAACUCAAAUCAUUGCGAUCACGUUUAAAAACAGCUGUUUAGACGUGAUUGCACUUGAAUGAGGCCUCAGACAGAGUUAGAAUACAUCAUGGAAAAACUACUGAAGGUAGUGUAGUGAUUUCAAAAUCAAAUUUAUUUAGACGCUUUUGU